CACAAAAAAAUUACAUAACAUCCAAUGACCCACCCACCAUCUUUUUCUCCUCUCUCCUCCUUCCUCCUUGUCUUCUUCUCUCUUUCUAGUGGUAGACCAGUGAUUUUCUAGGGAUAUUUUGGAACUCGAAAGUGGUCUAGUCUACCGACCAAUAGGAUUUCAACAAUCUUGUUUGCGCGAGCUUUGUGAGGGCCUUGAUGUACUCUUUGUGAUUAUAGGAGAUUUUAAUGCUACCCUUUGCGAUAGUGAAAAAGAUGGAGGGAAUCCUUGGAAUGCUGCUCAAUCUUUGGAUCUCCGGAAUCUUAUUCAAAUGUUAGGUAUGCAUGAUCCGGGUUUUUAGGGGGACCCUUUCACCUGGACUAAUAGACGUAUGGGUUUGGCCUGUAUUCGUGCAAGGCUUGACAGGGCUCUCUGUUCUCAGAGUUGGAUAGACCGAUAUCCGGAAACUCUAGUUAAGCACUUCACGGAUCAGGGAUAUGAUCAUAGAGCUCUGCUUCUCUCGGACAAGCCCUAUACGCGGAGUUGUCGCCCUCUCUUUCGGUUCGAUGCUCGCUGGGCAGAUAAUCCCGAAGUCAAGGCUAUGGUGGCUUACGUUUGGCAAGAAAACAUCUCUGGUACCCCAAUGUUCCAGUUAUGGGAAAAGCUGAAAAAACUCCGCCAUUUGCUGUAUGAUUGGAGCAGAGCUAGUACCACAAAUUCUCUGCGGAAUAUUCAUACCUUGCAAGGCGAAAUUGAUCGGCUAAAAGCCAUUCACCCUAUUGAAUGGGAAGAGGUGACCCGGUUAUAAACUGAAUUGAGUGGGCAAUGGGAGGCCGAGGAAGUUUACUGGCAACAAAAAUCUCGCGCUAAUUGGCUUAAGAAGGGGGAUAAGAACUCGGCCUAUUUCCAUACGGUCACAAGGGCUCGUCGGAAGAGAAAUUUUGUUGUUGGUCUUUAUAAUGAGGAUGGGGAAUGGACCACGGAGGAGCGCGGAAAGGCAGAUAUUGCCACCAAUUUUUAUCGGACUCUAUUCACAUCAGAAAACCAGAUUGUUAAUAUGCACGAAAGAGUGAAUGCUCUCCCCAUUGACCCCUGUGUUACCCCGGAAAUGAUUGUGAAUCUGACUGCUGAAGUCCUCCCUAAUGAAAUACGAGAAACUGUUUUCUCUAUGGGGUCCAAGCAGGCGCCAGGAUCGGAUGGGUUUACUGGGAAGUUCUUCAAAGCUUUUUGGGGUAUAGUUGGGGAAUCGAUAAUUCAAGCGGUGAGCUCGUUUUUUGAAACUAGUAGGAUGCUUCGAAGCUUUAACUAUACUUAGUUGACUUUGAUUCCAAAGGUGGAUCAAGUUGAAUCAAUUCGUCAACUGCGUCCUAUUAGUCUCUGCCAAUUUUUGUAUAAGGUAAUUACUAAAAUCAUGGCAGGGAGACUCGCUUGUAUAUUGCCCCAAAUUAUUUCCGAUGGCCAGAAUGCUUUUAUUCGGGAGAGGCAGAUAGUGGAGAAUAUCCUUUUAGGGCAUGAGCUAAUGCACUACCUGAAAAUCAAAACCCGUUGGAAGAAGGGAUAUAUGGCUCUGAAGGUUGAUAUGGAAAAGGCCUAUGGUAGAGUCGAAUGACCCUUUCUCUUAGGGGUUCUGGAAAAAAUGGGGUUUAACUCGGUCUAGCGAGGAUGGAUUCAGGAAUGCCUCCAGUCUACGUCUUUUUCAGUCCUUAUGAAUGGUACCCCAGCUGGUUUUUUUCCCCUUCUCGAGGGCUCAGACAAGGUGAUCCGUUAUCUCCCCUUCUAUUUGUCAUCUAUACAAGGUGUUAAAGUGGCCCCUCGUGCACCUCGUAUCUCACAUUUGUUCUUCGCCGAUGAUUCUUAUCUUUUUAUUAGAGGUUCCCUCCAAGAAUGUGAGAAUUUGAUCGAGGUUCUAAAUGAAUACGAGGAGCUGAGUGGCCAGAGAGUGAAUCUAGAGAAAUCGGCGGUGUGCUUUAGUAAAAAUAUAGCGGCGGCGGAUCAGGAAUUCUUGCCGGCAAUAUUGGGAGUAGGGGCUGUGGGCGUCCAAGAUAAGUAUUUGGGCCUCCCCUCUCUGAUAGCCCGGUCUAAAAUGGCUACUUUCCGCUACCUGGAGGAGAAGCUUCUGGCUAGAUUUCAGGGGUGGAAGAGGCGAACAUUGUCAUGGGCUGCUAAGGAAACAUUGAUUAAAUAAGUGGCAUUAGCUUUGACUCUACAUGUUAUGUCAUGCUUUAAGCUGCCCCUGGCUCUGUGUCGCCUUCUUGACAAGCAUAUAGCCCGAAUUUGGUGGGGGGUGGAAGAGGGAAAAUCUAAGAUCUUGUGGAUUUCUUGGAGGAGUUUGUGUAAAAGUAAACAUGAAGGGGGCAU